UUUCAAGCAGAGGAAGAUCCGGAAAAGCCCCCUGAAGAGAUGGAGACACAGCUAAAAAAUAUCACAAUGAAGGAAACGAGCAAAGCAGCUGACCAGGAAGUGUCCUUAGUGGACAGUCAAAUGGUAGAAAAACACGAUGACCUCAAUGAGAGCUUUAAGAAAUUGCUCAAUAAAUUUGGUUUAAAGUUCAAAUUGAAGCAAGGCUCGAGUGACGACGACGAGAUGGGCCAUGUACCUGAGGCUGACACGGAGGAAGUUCCGGUCGAGAGUGUUGUUGAUAGCGCGAUAACUGAGCAGACUAUGACACUAGAAAGUGAAUCAAUGUGUCCAACACAAGGAGAAACAAGAGAGAAGGUCCAGCAGGACACCCAGACACAAAAACCUGACAUACAUGAAGAAUGGACACACAUAGAGACCACGUCUGAACAUGAUCCAGCAUCUAGCUCCGAAGAGGACGUGACUAUGUCGCCCGUUAAAAGGUUUUUCACAACAGGAAUCUUUGCCGUAAAAUGGAAAAAGAGACAGUUGGAGGAAGACGAAAUCAUUACAAGAGAGCUGGUUCAACAGGACGCAGAAGGAACUGCACCAGACCGGCAAGAUGAAACUAAUGAGAUGAAUCCAUGCACUGAUCCUGCCAAAGAUGGCCAAGAAGAAAUUCCAUCAAGACAUCCAGUCACCGAAUCUAAAAUGUCUCAAGAGACAGAGAAUAUUCAAGCCAGUUCUCGGAAAAGGCUCCUGCUAAAAUCCAAUUUGAUUAAACUACCCAGAAAACCAAUUGACGUGGAACUGCCAGGAGGAUGUCAACUAGAACCCACCGGUGAGUCAGACCAGCUUGGGUCCACAAGGAAUUUGACCAUUGAUCCGCAAAAGGAUAAUACAGCAGAGGUGACUGUAGAGGAGGAUAAGACCGCAUGGGCCACAUUUAUUAAAGUCUUAUCGCCAAAGAAGCGUUUAAACAGGUCCUUCUUGGAGGAGAAGGACACAGAAAUUAUGAUAUCAAGGGAAGAGGAGAUACUAAAACGCAGCAUGGAAGACAGCAAGAAGCGCAGAGAUUCCGUUGUUUCCUGGGAUUCUAUUCUUUGUGGUUCUGGAAGUAGGAGAAGUAAUGGACCUUCAGACUCUGAUCAUGAAACACCACAUGCUGAUCAUAUUUAUAGAUUAAAAAAUGGUGUGGAAGAAACAGAAAUUAGUAAAGACAAUAGUGAGAUUCUAGCCUCUUCCUCCAAACAAUCUGGAAGCCCCGUGGAGGUUGAUGGAGAAUCUCCAUGGAACACCUUUAAAAGCCUGCUAAGCCCAAAAAGGAAGGCCAAGCGUGAAGGGGUAAGUGAAAGUGACAUGAUUCAUGAAGACUCCUCGUUUUCAUCAAAGAUUUUCCCAGGCCGGAAAAAGAGAAAGUCUGUCACAAAGAAAGACCAGGUAGCAUCUCCCCGCGAACCUGAUCAAAACCUAAGUCCAGAUGAAUCAGAAAUACCUGCCAUUGUUCCACUGUCUGAAUUUGAUGCUGUUGAAAUGAAUGUUGAAGCAAAAGAGACAAAUGUAGAAAGGAAAGUAUCAAAUGAACCUGACCAAAAAAUCCUUGAACAGGUCACAGAAGUAAAUCAACCGUUAGAUGACCUACAGAGUGUAGACACCACAGUCCAACAAUACUUAGACAACGAGGCACGUACAAAUGAAGACCUUGCGGAGUUCAUUAGCAACCAACUCAGUGAUAUUACAGAGGAAAGCGAAAUGACUCAGACCAUGGCCACACCAGAAUCUGCUACCCAAGAUCUGAUGUCUGAGGCCAUUACUGCACCUCUGUCUGCUGAUUCUACCCUCGCCAAUGACAGCGAGAUGAUCUCUGCAAACUCCCAUAUAUCAGAGCCUUUAAAAACAUCAGGCAACACUACACCAGUCCCUGCUGAACCAGAAGUCAAAGAAACAGAGAGACUUAUGCAGCAGUUUGUUGAAACUAUCUUCACAAUGCCAGAGAUAGAGCCAUUGAUUAAUAGCUCUGCCUCUGAUCAAAUACUUGAAACAUUUGCCCAAGAGGAGCUGAAACCCCUGGAAGGCAACAAAUCUGAUGUUGCCACCACCAAUGAAAAAGAUGAAACUCCAGAAAUGGCAAAUAUAUCUAAAGUCAUAGAAGCUUGCUCAAUUGAAAGUCCACCUCAGAUUCCAAAUAAAGUGCUUGACACCGUGGAAAUGACAAUAAAUGACGUGAAAGAAGCUGACCUGUCCCAGCCGGCAAACACUACAAACAAACUCUACAGUUUUGAUAAGGUCCACGAUUAUGUGGCCUGUCCGAUUGACGUCAAAGGAUUGCUGGAGCUGUUGUCUAAUAGUAAAGAAAAGAUCACGGGGGCGGCUGAAAGCAAAUUUGGAGCAGCUGACCGGGAUGUGCAAACUUUACUUGACACUAUUGACAAACUACCAGUUAAGGAUCAUCCUCAUGUGUUGGAAGGGGACUGGCAAAAAAAAAGAAAACAGAACGAAAAAAGUGUUCAGCAAGUUGAAAAGAAAGUUAUGCUGGAAGAUUUUCCAGCAGAUGAAGUCAAAGGAAAAUCAGAUGACCUUCCAGGAGCAUUCACAGAGGAACCAAAGCCACCAAAAGACAUUUUACCUAAAGUUGUCUUGGAUUCUGCUGCCAAAAGUGAAGUUUUAGAGAAAUGUAUUGUUGAACCAGUAGGAGAUUAUAUAAUUCCAGUUACGAUUAAAUUGGAAAAGGCAACUGUGCCUCUGCCUGAGGUUUGUGCUGAGCCAGAAAACAAAGACGAUGCAGAGGAAUCAGUAUAUGCAUCUAAAAAAGAAAUUAGUCAUGAGAUAAAGAUAACAGAAGAUUUGGAAGCAAAAGAGUUGGAAUUAGAUGACACAAGCAUCCAAGCAAUUAAAUCAAAAGAAACAUCAAAAACAAUAUUUCCAAAAGAAAAAGUGAGAGAAAACCUCAACAAAGAAGAAGACAUCUUUGCAGAAGUAACAAAGACGGAAUAUCCCAAAUCCAAGGUACCUCCAAUUGCUGUUGAACCAGAAAAUGAAGGCCAGAAAUUAGUGGGUGCAGUCAGAACGGUAAUUGAAACUGAAAAAGCCGCUACAAAAAAAGAACAAAGAACAACAGAAGGCAUUACUGAUAAAAGAACUGUUCCAGUUGAGGCGACUGUGCCAGUGACAGAAAUGAUUGUCAAACAAGAAGACCAGGAAGCAGUGGAUGCAUCCAAAAAUGAAAUUUGUCAAGAAAUAGAGGUACCAGAAGAUGGGGAAGUAACAAAGUUGGAAUCAGAUGACACAAACACCCAAGCAAGUAAAUCAGAAGUAGAAUCUAAAAACAUAUUUUCAGACGAAAAAGCAAGAGGACACUUUAAUGAGGACAUCAGGUCGCUAGCUGAAAACAACGAGGCGCAGGAAGACAAAAACACCAAAGUAACAGCUGCACUUGAAUUUGAAUUCAACCAGGAACAAAAGGUAUUGAAAGCAGCACAGAAAAGCCAAUUGGAAUCUGGUGAAGUUGACGACCAAGCCAUUCACCACAAAGUGUUAUCAGAAGAAAUUAUUGCAGAAGAAUGUUUAGCUGAACAACUCAAAAUGGAAACUGUUCCUCUGCCUGAAACUAAAGCUGUUCAAGAAGAAAAAGGUCAUAAGGCACAGGAUGAUGAAUUCCAAAGUGAACUCAUCAAAGACGUGGAACAAGUUCAAGUGAAUGAAGAUGAUGUCCAAUUAGUUAAAGCUGAAGAAAUAUCAGAAUGUAGGCUUACAGAAAAACCUGUGAAAUGUCAAGUCCAAGACAGAAGUGUGUCUCUGACUGAGGUCAAUGUUGAGACUAUAAAGCAAGACAUGAAGAAUGUGGAUGCAGCCACAGCUAAACAACAGGAAUCACUAGAAUUAGUACAAAGCACAGAUGAAAUUAUGAAAAAGAUAGAAGCUGAAUCAUUAUCAACACAGAGAGAAUCAUAUAAAGUCAAUGUCCACUUAUUUGAUACUAAAGAAGAAGCCAUCUUUUCAGAAGAAACAAAGACGGAAUAUCCCAAAGACAAAUCUGAGGUGCCUCCAACCGUCGAUGUUGAACCAGAAAACGAAGGGCAGAAAUCAGAGGGAGUAGCCAAAACUGAAAUUGCACAAGAAAAAGUUGAUACAAACAAGGAACAAGAAGCAACAGAAGGCAUUACUGAAGAAGGAACUGAUCCAGUGGAGGAGACCGAGCCAGUGACAGAAAUGAAUGUCGAACAAGAAGACCAGGAAGCAGUGGAUGUAUCUAAAAAUGAAAUUUGUCAAGAAAUAGAGGUACCUAAAGAUGGGGAAGCAACAAAGUUGGAAUCAGAUGACACAAACAUUCAAGCAAGUACAUCAGAAGCAGCUUCCAAAAACAUAUUUUCAGAAGAAAAAGCAAGAGAAGACUUUAAUGAGGACAUCAGGUCGCUAGCUGAAAACGAGGAGCGAGGAGACAAAAACACCAAAGUAACAGCUGCACCUGAAUUUGAAUUUACCCUGGAACAAAAUGUAUGGGAAGCAGUACAGAAAAGCCAAUUGGAAUCUGGUGAAGUUGACGACCAAGCCAUUCACCACAAAGUAUUAUCAGAAGAAAUUAUUGCAGAAGAAUGUUUGGUUGAACAACUCAAAAUGGAAACUGUUCCUCUGCCUGAAACUAAAGCUGUUCCAGAAGAAAAAGGUCAUAAGGCACAGGAUGAUGAAUUCCAAAGUGAACUCAUCAAAGACGUGGAACAAAUUGAAGUGAAUGAAGAUGAUGUCCAAUUAAUUAAAGCUGAAGAAAUAUCAGAAUGUAGGUUUACAGAAAAACCUGUGACAUGUCAAGUCCAACACAGAACUUUGUCUCUGACUGAGGCCAAUGUUGAGACUAUAAAGCAAGACAUGAAGAAUGUGGAUGCAGCCCCAGCUAAACCACAGGAAACAAUAGAAUUAGUACAAAGCACAGAUGAAAUUGUGAAAAAGAUAGAAGCUGAAACAUUAUCAACACAGAGAGAAUCAUAUAAAGUCAAUGUCCACUUAUUUGAUACUAAAGAAGAAGCCAUCUUUGCAGAAGAAACAAAGACGGAAUAUCCCAAAGACAUAUCUGAGGUGCUUCCAACUGUCGAUGUUGAACCAGAAAAUGAAGGCCAGAAAUCAGAGGGAGUAGCCAAAACUGAAAUUACACAAGAAAAAGUUGAUACAAAUAAGGAACAAGAAGCAACAGAAAGCAUUUCUGAAGAAGGAACUGUUGCAGUGGAAGAGACAGAGCCAGUGAAAGAAAUGAUUGUCCAACAAGAAGACCAGGAAGCAGUGGAUGUAUCUAAAAAUGAAUUUUCUCAAGAGAUAGAGGUACCUAAAGAUGGGGAAGCCACAAAGUUGGAAUCAGAUGACAAAAACAGUCAAGCAAGUACCUCAGAAGUAGAAUCUAAAAACAUAUAUUCAGACGAAAAAGCAAGAGGACACUUUAAUGAGGACAUCAGGUCGCUAGCUGAAAACAACGAGGCGCAAGAAGACAAAAACACCAAAGUAACAGCUGCACUUGAAUUUGAAUUUAACCAGGAACAAAAGGUAUUGAAAGCAGCACAGAAAAGCCGAUUGGAAUCUGGUGAAGUUGACGACCAAGCCAUUCACCACAAAGUGUUAUCAGAAGAAAUUAUUGCAGAAGAAUGUUUAGUUGAACAACUCAAAAUGGAAACUGUUCCUCUGCCUGAAACUAAAGCUGUUCCAGAAGAAAAAGGUCAUAAGGCACAGGAUGAUGAAUUCCAAAGUGAACUCAUCAAAGACGUGGAACAAAUUGAAGUGAAUGAAGAUGAUGUCCAAUUAGUUCAAGCUGAAGAAAUAUCAGAAUGUAGGCUUACAGAAAAUCCUGUAAAAUGUCAAGUCCAAGACAGAAGUGUGUCUCUGACUGAGGUCAAUGUUGAGACUAUAAAGCAAGACAUGAAGAAUGUGGAUGCAGCCCCAGCUAAACCACAGGAAACAAUAGAAUUAGUACAAAGCACAGAUGAAAUUGUGAUAAAGAUAGAAGCAGAAGCAUUAUCAACAGAGAGAAAUUCAGAGAUUCAUACCCACUUAUUUCAUACUAGAGAAGAAGCCAUCUUUGCAGAAAAAACGAAGAUGGAAGGACCAAAAGAAAAAGACAAGGUGCCUCCGACUGUCAAUGUUGAACCAGAUAGUGAAUCAGUGGACGUAGCCAAAACUGAACUUAAACAAGAACAAACUGUCGGAAAAGAAGACAUUGCAGGAGGAAUCACUGAAGAAGAAACUGUUUCAGUUGAAGGGAUUAUUCCACUAACAGAAAUGAAUGCCACACCACAGGACCAAGAUCAGGAAGCAGUAUAUGCAUUAUCAAUUGAAUUUAUUUCAGAAGGCUUUGAAUCCGAGGAAAAUGAAGAAUUUUACACACCAGAAAUCACAGAGGAGUUAGACACAUUUGCAGCUGAACAUGUAUCUAUAGACAAAGUAGAAAUAAAUUGUGCUCAGAUACUUGAACAGGUCAUUUAUAAAGAAAAUGCAGCAUCUUGUGGAGAUCUUGAGGUGGGCCUAAGCGAUAUGGGAUCUACACUUACAGAAGAAAAAGGUGAUCUUAGAGAUGUAGAGAUGAGAACUGAUGCUCACCUAAAAGAGGUCUCAUCUUCACUCGCAGCUUUGGUUGAAAAAACAUCUUUUAUAGACGAACCCUUCAUAAGCUCAUUGACAAACCAGCCAGAGGAAACAGCUGUGACUGAAACCCAGCUAAGGAAAGACAACAUUACAGAGACUGCACAGAGGAGCAAUGAGGUCACGGCUUUGCACGUGAUCGAGGACGACCACAGAAUGCAAGUGCAAGUAGUGGACGUUGGCGUCACAUCAGGCAAGAGAAUCGUCGAUUCAACGGUAGAGGUCGCAGUAAAAGAAGACAAACCAGUCAUGGCUGUGUGUCACAGAAAUAUUGAUAGAGUUGAAAAUGUUUCCGCAUCUUUUGAAGUUACGGAAGUAUCUAAUGAGAAAAAGGCGGUAACGCUGCAAAGGGUUGUUCAACACAUGAAGAGGACCCAAACCAGAACAUUGCCAGAAUCUGUUAAUGACAACUUGAGGGAAAACGUUUUUAAAAAAGAGCCAGAUGAGGGGCCUGCUUGUCAAAGUGAGAAUCUGACACAAGAGUCUCAUCAAAAAGAUGUCCAACAAAGUGUAGAUCUCUUAAUGUUUCAAGAGGGAAAAAACAAAGAUGUUGUGGGAAAAAGUGAAGUAUUAGUCCUUGUGAAUGACUAUGAUAUGAACACUUCUGGAACAGAAACUAUCCGAAGACAAACAAUACCACCCACUGACCCCGCAGUACCACAACCUAUUUUAUUGAAAGAGCAGAACAAAGCACAAACUUCCAUACCAAGUACAGUAGAGACAAAGGAGGAAGAACAACAAGUUGUGGCUCAAGAUGGGGACGCCCAGGCAUUGGAAGUAGAUGAAAAAACAAUGCUAAAUGAGGAAACUUUAUCCCAAACACACAGAGCUCAUAGGCAGAAAGACACAGAGCCAACCAAAGAAGGUUCUGAUACACUGGUAGUGGAAGAGUCCUUAUGCCAAAUAGACCUAGUUGUUAGUUGUGAAGAGACAGAAGUGACUAAAGGUUUUCAAGCCCCAGUGGAGGAAGAACCAUUUUCCCAAAUAAAUAAAGUUCAUAGCCAAAAAGUGACACCAAUAACUGAGAAAGUGGUUCAGGCCAAAGUUGCAGAAGAGCCUUCAUGCCAAAUAGAUACCAUUUGUGAUGAUAAAGAUAUAGAAGCAACUGAUGAAAGUGCUAAGGCAUAUGUAGCGGAAGAACCCCUGCCCCAGAUAAAUCUAGUUGAUGGCCAGAAAGAGACUGAAGUAACCAAUGAUGAUGUUCAGUCACUGAAAGCAAAAGAGUAUUUAACUAAAAUCAAUACAGUUGAUAGCCAGAAAGAGGUAAACAAGGAUGUUAAACAGGCCCUAGUAGAUAUAGAUGAUAACCCCCAACAGACAAAGAUAACUGAGAUUAGUGUUGUGGCACUAGAAACAAAAGAGCCUAUAAUUGUAAUGGAUACAAAAGAGCCAGCAGAAGGAUCAUUAUUUCAAACAGAAAGUCUUCAGGCCCGUGUGGCAGAAGACUGCUUGUCAGAAAGUCAAACGGUUACCGAGGUAACUGAGGUUGGCAGUCCAACUUCAGGAACUCAGCAGAAAACAAACGCGGGCCCCACACAAACAAAACUACCUACGGAAGACGUUCAGACAGUAAUUGCAGAGAAGUCCUUCACCCAAAUAGAUACGAAAUGGACAGAGUUUACUGAGGAAGUUGUUAAGGCCCAAGAACUGGAGGAGCACUUAUUCCUAAGACACAAGGAUACUGGGCAAACUGAAGAACAUGUUCAGGUAUCAGAAGCCAAAAAGACCAUAUCACACACAAAUUCUGUAAAUAUUCUCCAGCAGGCAGUUAUUAAAGGGGAAGGUAUUCAGACCUCAAGAACCCAAGAGUCCUUAUCCACAAAACACCCAGAAGACACACACAGACAGACCUCACUAACUGAAGAACAUCUUCAGGUACAAGAAGCAGAACAGAUUGAAUCACAAAGAGAUGCUGCCAAUAUUCAUCAACAGGCAGAGAAACUCGUGGAACCAAUUCAUCCCCAAGAAGUAGAAGAGUCCUUAUCCCAGACAGAGCUAGCUGAGAACCAGAACUUGUCAGUGAAAGCAGAGGAACAUGAUCACGCAACAGAUCCAGAGGAGUCCAUUUACCAAGAGACGAUUGAGAGCAACCAACACACAGAGCGAGAUGUAACAGAGGAACAUAUUCAAGAACUAAAAGCAGAAGAGUCCUUAUCGAAAACAGUCGUAGCAGACACCCAAAAACACAUAACAAUAACUGAAAAACAUGUUCAAGAACUAGAAGCCGAUGAGACCAUAACGCAAACAGAUUCUAUAUACAUCCAUCAACAGGCAGAACAACCUGAGGAACUUAUUCAGGUCAAAGAAACUGAAAAGUCAUUGUCCUGGAGAGAGCCUGUGGACAGCCAGAAACUGUCAGCAAGAACAGAGGAACAUAAUCAAACAACAGAAAUGGAAGAGUUCAUUUACCAAAGAACAGCUGAGACUCACCAACCGACAGAGAUAACAGAGGGGCAUUUUCAGGCACAGGACCCAGAAGGGCCCCCAUCCGAAACCAAUACAGUCGAAAGCCACAAAAAUACAGUGCUAACAAAAGAACAUGUUAAACUAAAAACAAACAAAUACUUAACCGGAAUGGAUCCAGUUCAAAUCCAAAAAGAGUCAGAACUAGCGAAAGCACAUACUGAGGAACGAGAAGCAGAAAAACCUUUAAACCAAACAUAUGCAUUAAAGAGAAAGAAAAAGGUAGAGGUACUUCAAGAACAUGUUCUGAAACUAGAAGAGCCUAUAUCUGAAACAAAUCUAAUAGACAGCCAAAAACAGACAGCACAACAGCAGGAACAUGUUCAGGAACCAAAAGCACAAACAGAACAAGUUGAGCAAGAGAAACAGACCAAGCUACCCAAUGAACAUGUUCAGGAACCAGAACCAGAUGAGCCUUUAUCCCAAAAAGAUGCAGUUAAGAGGGAAAAACAAAUAGAGGUGCAUAAAGAACAUAUCCUGAAGCUAGAAGAGACUGUAGUCAAAACAAAUCCAGUUGACAGCAACAAACAAAAAGAGCAACCACAGGAGCCUGUUCAGGAGCAAGAACCUCAAACAGAUCUAGUUGAGAAGGAAAAACAGACCAAGCUACCUAAAAAACAUGUUCAGGAUCCAGAACUUGACAAGCCAAUAUCUGAAACAGAGCCAAUUGAAAGCAACCGACAAACAGAUGUUACUGAAGAACAUUUUAAGGAACGAGGAACAGAGCAGCAUUUAUCCCAAACAAAUACAGCAGAGAGCCAUAAACAGACAGAGCGAACCGAAGAACAUAUUCAGGAACCAGAACAGUAUGAGCCCUUGUCAAAAACAGAUCCAUUUGAGAGCCACAAAAAUAAAGUGAAACAUGUUGAAGACAAGUCCAUAUCCAAUGAAAGUUCAGUUGCAAAUCAGAAAACGACAGAAUUGCCUAAAGAAAAUGUUGAGAAACUAGAAGCAGAGAGAUUCUUAUCCAAAACCGAUACAGUUAACUACCGGAAACCGACAGAGCAGGGACUUGAUCAGGAACAAAAAGCAAAGGAAUCCUUAUCCCAAACAGAUCAAAUUGAGAGCCACAGGUGGAUAAACUUACCUGAAGAACCUGUUCAGGAACCAGAAACAGAUGAGCCCUUUCCCCAACCGGAUACAGUUAAGACAGAGAAACAGAUGGGGAUACCUAAACAUCAUAUUUUGGAACUGGAAGAGCCUGUAUCCAAAACCGAUUUAGUCGACAGUCACAAACAGACAAAGCAACAGCCAGAGCUUCUUCAGGAACCACAACAUCAAACACAUCUACUUGACAAGGAAACACAGACCGAGCUAGCUGAGGAAUUUGUUCAGCAACCAGAACCAAAAGGGCCCCUAUCCGAACUAAAUACAGUUGGAAGCAAAAAUAAAGCGCUAACAAACAAAAAUAUUCAAAUAGAAGCAAACCAGUACUUACCUAAAACAGAUCGAGAUCAAAUCCAGAAAGAAACCAAAGUAACCAAAAAACAUGCCCAGGAAAAACAAUCAGAGGAGCCUUUAUUUAAAACAAAUAUAGCAGAAAGCCAGAAACAGGCAAAGGCAACCAAAAAACAUGUUCCAAAACCAGAACCAAACGAGCCUUUAUCUAAAACAGAUCAAUUUGAGAGCCACACAAUGAAAGACCUAACAGAGGAAGUUGUUGAGAAACCCGAAGCAGACAAGACCAUAGCCAAAGAAAGUCCAAUUGCGAGGCAGAAACAGACAGAACUACCUGAAGUACAUGUUGAGAAACCAGAAACAGAAGAGUACCCAUCUGAAACAGACGCAGUUGAUAAACAGAAACUGACAGAUCUACCGCAGGGACUUGUCCAAAUACAGGAAGUGGAGGACAACUUGUCCCAAACAGAUCCAAUUGAGAGUCACAGAAUGACAGAAUUACCCGAGGAAUGUGUUCAGGAACCAAAAGCAGAAGGGCUACCCAAAACAGAUAGCGUUGAGAGCCACAAAAACAAACCGCUGAGAGAAGACUAUAUCCAACCGGGAGCAAAGGAGUACUUAUCUGAAACAGAUUCAGUUCAAAUUCCGAAAGCGACAGAACUAACCGAAAAAGUUCAGCAAAAAGAAGCAGAGGAGCCAGUAUCUUCAACAAAUACAGCACAGAACCGGGGACAGGCAGAGCUAAAUGAAGGACAGAAAGAGCUGUUAUGCCAAAGGGACAAAGUUGAGAUCCAAAAUCAGACUGAACUAACCAAAGAACAAGUUCAGGAAGCAGAACUAGACAAGCCACAAUCUGAAACAGAUCCAUAUGAGAGUUCAAACAAAAAAGUGCUAACAGAAAAACAUGUUGAGGCACCAGAAACAGGCGAGUCCAUAUCCAAAGAAAGUCCUGUUUUGAGCCAGAAAAAGACAGAAGUACUAAAUGAACAUGUUGAAAAACCAGAAACGAAGGCGCAGUUAUUUAAAACCGAUGCAGUUGACAUACGGAAACAGACAGAUCUAAUGCAGGGAUUUGUGGAAGAACCAAAACCUCAAUGUAAACCAUUAGGGAGCUACAAACUAAUAGAUCUACCCAAAGAACAUGUCCAGGAACCAGAAGCAGGUCAGCAUUUACACCACACAGAUGCAGUUAAGGAAAAACAGACAAACCUAUCUGAAGAAUACAUUCCGGAACUAAAAGAGUCUGUAUCAGAAACAGAUCCAGCUAAUCACCACAAACAAACAGAACAGCACAAACUUAUUCUGAUAGCAGAAACCCCAACAGAUCUAAGUGAGAGAGGGACACAGACCGAGCUACUUGAGGAACAUGUUAAGGAACCAAAAGCCCAAACAGAUCUAAGCGAGAGAGAGAAACAUACCGAUCUACCUGAGGAACAUGUUCAGGAACCAGAAGCCGAAACAGAUUUAGGUGCGAGCGAGGAACAGACCGAGCUACCUGAAGACCAUGUUCAGGCCCUCGAAAGCGAACGGACUGUGUUGCAAAAUAACCCAUCACAGAUCGAGAAACAGACACAAGGUCACCCCCAAGAACAGGAAACCGAUCCAGUUGUCAUCAACAAAGAGAAAGAGAAAGAGAAAGUUCAUGUUAAGAUGAGCAAGACCGCAGAAUUGGAUUCAACAGAAACCAAAAAUCCUCCAACCCUGAUGAAUUCUGCUGCCAAACCAACAGAAUCUUUAGAAGUGGUAGAAGAAACCCCAUCCACACACAGCCAAAUACCAGAGGCCUCUAUCAAAGAAGCAGAGGAGAACAAGCAGGACGUAUGGAUGAACGCUGAGGAAGGCAUCAACAUUCAGGAGAAAGCUGAAGCCUCCUCGUUCUCUGACCAGCCUCUCCAAGAUCCAGAAGCAGCGUGCUCAGUGUCCGAGAACCUGUGCGAGAACCUGUCCGAGAACCUGUCCAAUCCCAACCCCGACAACCAAGACAGUGUCGGGGAAGAUUUUGCUGUGGCCCUGGAAAAUACCGAAAGCGUUGCUGCCAUCGAGCGGGAUUAAGUUUAUAUCAACCGUCUUAAAAGCGUUGGAGUCUGCUGCCGCACAGGAGGACGCAACAGGAAGGAACUCCAGGAAAAAGGCAUUUGCCUGCGUCUCUUUCUUUCUGAUCGCCUUCAGCCAAAUUUAUUUUUGUUAGUAUCACUGCUCAAAACACUUUCUAUGACCAAGAGCUCACACAAGUGACGUUUGAUCAGCACUCUCAAAUAGAUUUCUAAUCGCAUUGUGACAUUUGGUCUAGUUCAUCAAUGUUUACACACCCUAUUUUUCGGAUUAUAAAUCGCUCCGGAGUAUACGUCGCACCUGCCGAAAUACAUAAUAAAGAAGGAAAAAAACAUAUAUAAGUCGCACUGGAGUAUAAGUCGCAUUUUUUGGGGACAUUUAUUUGAUAAAAGCCAACAGCAAGAAUAGACAUUUGAAAGGCAAUUUAAAGUAAAUAAAGAAUAGUGAAGAAGAGGCUGAAUAAGUGUAGGUUAUAUGAGGCAUAAAUAAGCAACUGCUAUGUUAACCUAACAUAUUAUGGUAAGAGUCAUUCAAAUAACUAUAACAUAUAGAACAUGCUAUACCUUUACCAAACUAUCUCUCACUCCUAAUCCAUAAAUCUUCUUCCUGGAUGUGGCUUCUAAACAACUCUUCCUCGCCGCUUCCUUUUGUCCUUUUCUGCUGCAUAUUUCACUACGUCCAUCUUGUCAUCUGCACUACAUGAUCUCCUUUUCAACGCCAUUUUUCUUCUCACUUUUUAUAAGUUAUCGCCAACCAUGAAAUGAUCCAUUUUAAUAGCUACGGCAGUAGCAUAUAGCAGUUAGCAUUCCAUGACCCACAAUGCACUUCUGCCAUGACCCUCCCCCGCCCAAUUCUUAUUGGUUGACGUGUGUGUGACGAUUGCUGACAUUUUCUUGGUCUCUUCCGCGAAUGAGAUAAAUAACAUGAUUUGAUAUUUUACAAAUUCACACAUAAGUCACAAACUAUGAAAAAAACUGCGACUUAUAGUCCGAAAAAUACGGUACUGUAGUUCAUUGCACCAUUUAAUACUAUUUUUGAUUGCCUGUUUAAAAUGACAUACUUUUGUUGAAAUGUUUGUGGGUACAAACAAUGGUUCCUAGAUUUCACAAUGUGUGACACACGUUUGCAAUAAGACACUUCCAUUUCCUUUAUUUACUAUAUCUUCUUAUUCAUAUGGGAUCCAUGCAAUAGUUCCGCUGCCCAUGACAUUGCACAUUGUAAACAUGCAUGAACAAUAUGAGCAUGACUAUUGAUGAUCGAUAUUACACGCAGCACAAUCUAGGAUUCAAAAUAGCUUAAAACAACUUUUACAUAUUUGUUAGCACUUUCUGCAUAUCUGUUUGGAUCAGCUACAUUUUUUCACAUACUUUUACCCCAAAAUGCUGAUGUCAAAUGUUGUGGCCUUAACUGAAGAAAUAAAAAAAAACUGCAGUUAU